AUGUCGGAUGAUGGCAAACUUUCCUACUUCCUUGGAAUCCAAGCCACAUACGACUCCAAAGGGUUAUUUUUGAGCCAGUCCUCUUACGCCAAGGACCUUCUACUUCGCGCAAACAUGAAGGACUGCAAGCCUAUCUCCACACCGGUUGACCUCAAAUCCAAGCUCUCCGCUGAGGAUGGUGCUAAGGUCGACGACCCCACUCAGUACAGAAGCAUAGCUGGUGCUCUUCAGUACUUAACGCUUAUGCGUCCGAACAUCCAAUACGCCGUGCAUCCGCUCUGCCUUUACAUGCACGACCCCAGGCAGCCUCAUCUGAUCGCUAUGAAACGUGUACUGCAUUACCUCCAAGGAACCCUUAGCCACGGCCUCCGCCUACACAAAUCAUCCUCAACAGCGUUAACGGCGUACACAGAUGCCGACUGGGCUGGCUGCCCGGACACUCGCAGAUCGACAUCAGGCUACUGCGUAUUCAUGGGUGACAAUCUCAUCUCCUGGUCCUCAAAACGACAACCAACAGUCUCUCGAUCCAGUUCAGAAGCUGAGUACAAAGGAGUUGCCAAUGUUGUUGCUGAAACCUGUUGGAUACGGAAUCUAAUGCUCGAACUCAAGAUACCUAUAACCUCAGCUACAUUGGUGUAUUGUGACAACGUCAGCGCCACUUACUUGUCCAACAAUCCAGUCAAACAUCAACGAACAAAACACGUCGAAAUAGACAUUCACUUCGUACGUGAAAAAGUUGCAAUGGGCCAAAUAAGAGUUCUUCAUGUCCCCUCAUCAGCUCAGUAUGCAGACAUUUUUACGAAAGGCUUGCCAUCUUCUCUGUUUGAGGAAUUCAAGUCCAGUCUAUCCAUUCGUGCACCCGACGAUUAG